CUUUGCUGCAGUGAGGACCCAGAUCAAAUGAAAUCACAUAGAGUUGUAAUGGCCCCCAGGCAGCCCAGUUUUUACUUCUCUGGCUCUUUUCAGAAUCAGUAUGAAAAUGAAGGAGGCUGAUGGGUCAAGUCAGCUGCUCAUGGAUCCUCCCUGGGACAGAGGCCUCCGGGGCCCUCGGACAGGGGCAGCCAGUGUGCGUGUGACCGAUCUGAGCUGGCAUGGUCUCCAGAACCCCAGGCCCCUGAGGAAGGAUGACAGCCGCGCCGAGGUGCUGCUAGAGGAGUACCUGUCCCCCUCCAAGCUGCAGGCUCUGGCUCAGGUGGACGACCUACGGCAAGUGACAGCACUUGAGAUGUGCGUGGACACACGGGAGAACAGUCUGGGGAACUUUGGUGCCCAUCUGCCCAAUCUGAUCCAACUGAAACUGAACAGCAGCCGGCUGGCCUCCAUCAGGGACCUGGGCACCUCCCUGUCUCGCCUUCAGAUUCUAUGGAUGGUUCGCUGUGGGCUGGCAGACUUGGAUGGAAUCUGUUCCCUUAGCUCUCUGAAGGAGCUCUACAUGUCCUACAACAACAUUUCUGACCUGAGCCAAAUCUGUCUGCUGGAUCAGCUCGAGGUUCUGGACCUGGAGGGCAACAACAUUGAAAAUCUAGAGCAGGUUCGGUACCUAGGUCUCUGCAAGAAACUCAGCACACUCACUCUGGAGGGGAAUUUGAUCUGCCUGAGGCCAGACCCAGAAGCACCUGAGGCUCCAGACUAUAACUACAGAGCUGAAGUGAAAAAGCUCAUUCCCCACCUCCAGUUCUUGGAUGACCUGCCUGCUGGUCAGACCUCCCUCCAGGUCACUCGGAAGCUCAGUAAAGACUGGCUUAUUGUCAAGGAGUCCAUCAAGGAGGCCAGUAUGGACCGUGCGAGGUUUAAUGCUCAUGCAGGCCUACUCAGGCAGAGGCUCAGCCCCAAUCUGAGGCUGUCCACCAGCCCCUUGCCACCAGGUACCCGGUCAUGGACUCUCCCUGUGGGCCGGCUGCCCUGGACAAUCCCCCUGUCAUCUCCUGGAAGUCCUCUUCCAGAAGCCUUGCUCCCUGAGGAGCUGGCCCCUGACAGCAGCGACUCCAGUGAACUGACCCAUGGUGCCAGCCGAGUCCUCUGUGGAAACCCCAUCAAAGGCCUACGGGAACGCCGGCAAAAGCUACAUGAACACAAUGGACUCACAGCUGGCCAACCUCCACCCCUGGGAUCCAUCAGGUCGCCCACUCAGGAACUGGAAGAACCCUCUGGUGGGGAAGAGGACCUCUUCAACUGGCCACAGAACCUCUGGGCGGACUUUAAGGCUUGGAAGGAGGAGCAGCAACAACUGAGACUGAAUAUGCUGCUUGUGGGGAGAAGUUCCCAGGGUUCCCAGUUGUGUUCCCAGGAGGAAGAGGAGAAGGCCUCAAUUGUGUUGAAUGACCGGGAGGAAGAGGAGAAGGCUAAGGGCCCCUUUGAGUCUUGCCCCAGCUCCCCAAGCCCUGGCCCAGAUCCUUCCAAAUUCAUGAGCAGCAGCAUGUGGCUGGCCGGGCCCAGCUACCACCUGAUUCCUUCUGCCCUCAAACAUCCAUCCCCUCCCCCGCUGCCCAGCCCCAGCGGGCGCUCGAGGUCGGAGCUCAGGGGCAGGCGCUUGAGCCUCAACCUUACUGUCAGCCCAUUGGCCAAUUCGGAGGCAGGGGCCCACCUAGGGGAGAGGCUUGCCAUGCUGACUCCCUUCAGGUGUCUCACUGCCCUGAGAAGCCCAGGAUCCCAGAGCCAGCCAGAGCAUCGAGGAGUCAGGCCAGCCAUGGGAUCUGGACCCACCGAGCCCAAGCACAACCCCAGAAGCCUCAGAGCCUCCGUCCAAUCUCCAGUGUCUGUUGGCUCCUACACACCCUCCCCACUGGAUCCCGGCUUCUCCCUCCUCAGACAUCAGGCAGAGAAAAGUGCGUCCAAAGGACCGGCCUGUAGGCAGCCUGUUACCUGCUCUCCAGCCAAGGCCCCAGAGAAGAUGCUCCUGGCAGCCCCCGCUCGGCCGCUCCCCAGCAGCACCAACACCCUACACAGGCUGCCCAGCAGGCCCAGCCUGGGACCCACCGCUACCCCACCCCCAACACCCCCAGCACAUCCCCAGAGGAACUCCAAGUCUUAACAUGGUGGUG